AUGAGCAAGAGAGCCAGGAGUCCAAGGUUGGAAUUGAGGCUGAACCUGUCUCCUCCAAGGGCAGGGACCUCGGUAUCUUCUUCGGAGCUGUCGUCGGAAUCUUGGGCUUCAUCGCAGGUUUCUGUCCAAUCCUUGGAGAGCUCGUGCGUGUCUUGUGAAGCUCAAGAAACAAGAGCCAUGCUUCUCGUAGGUUGUCCUCGGUGCCUCAUGUAUGUUAUGUUGUCCGAGAAUGAUCCCAAAUGCCCCAAGUGCAAGAGUACUGUGUUGCUCGACUUCCUCAACAACGAAGAAAACAAUAAGAAGAUCGAUUAG